UUCUAGAUGGUUUUUUUAAUUGUCAAUUCAUAAAUUGUCUAUGAUAUAUUUUCAUCUACUUUGUUGGAAUCGCAAUAUUUAAUUGGUUUUUCAUCCUGGAGCCUGAGAAGUUGAACUGUUAAAUAAUUUAAUUGGAAAGAAAUGUGAUUCGUCUAGCAAAAUACAUAACAAGAAUUUCAACUCUUGUCAACUGGAAAGUUUCUCAUCAACUGAUUGUUUACAUUUUUAUUUUCUCAGUUUCUGUAUUUUACAGUAAACUUUGACUUUGUUAUUACCAAAUUGGACUACUUCAUAAUCUUGAAUAAUCAACUAUGGCUGCUUCACCAUCAACCCCACAAGCAGAUAAAUCUGUUUUAGAUUAUCUUGGUACAAUUGGUCGUCGGAAGAAAAUUAAGGAAGGAUUAGAAGUUGAAGAACUCGAAAAGGAAGGUAAAGAUGCCAUUGAUGGACCAACGUUGAGUCCAGCCAUUGAAAAUGGACCAGAGGAAUACAUUUUGGGUGAAUAUGAAGAAAGAACCAUGUUGGAACCUUCUUUCAAUCACAACCGUGAAUAUCAGGAGCUAUUGAAAAUUCUGGUUAAUUGGAUCAACGAUGAGCUUGUAGAUGAAAGGAUAAUUGUAAAAUCUUUACCUAAUGAUCUUUAUGAUGGACAAAUUUUAGGCAAACUGGUUGAAAAACUUAGUGGCCAAAAAUUGGAUGUGAUUGAGGUUACUCAAAAUGAGGAUUUACAAAAAUACAAAUUGAGAGUUGUUUUGGAAACUGCUAAUCGUCACUUGGGUUUACAAUCAAAAUGGGUUAACAGCAAAUGGAGUGUUGAUGGAAUACAUGAUAAAAAUCCAGUUGAAAUUAUUCAUCUUUUAGUUGCUCUGAUUCGUCAUUAUCGAGCUCCAAUAAAGCUUCCUGAAAAUGUUUCCGUUCGCGUUGUCGUCGUCCAGAAACGAGAAGGCCAAUUACAUACUCGAACAGUUACUGAACAAUUAACUGGAUCAUUUGAUGAACUUGGCAUGAGAGUUGAACCCAGAGAUGCCUUUGAUACUCUAUUUGAUCAUGCUCCAGAUAAAUUACAAAUUGUUAAACGAUCGCUUGUUAACUUUGUUAAUCGCCAAUUAAAUUCAAUCAACAUUGAAUGUUUCUCAGGUCCGACUGGUUCCGAUUUGGAUGCAAAUCAAUUCAGCGACGGGUUACUUUUAAUUUUUUUGAUGGGCACAUUAGAAGGCUAUUUCGUUCCGUUGGGUAACAUUUAUACAACAUCCGAUGUUGAUCCAUUGGCUGAUAAUUUGAUUGGUAAAGAAACUGCCUUAUCAUUUCAUAAUUACAUUAAUUGUUCACCCAUCAACAAGCUGCACAAUGUCAACGUAGCUUUUCAGUUAAUGGAAGAUGCUGGUGUUUAUGUUAAAAGCAAAGUUCGGGCUGAAGAUAUUGUCAAUGCUGACCUGAAAUCCGUCCUUCGAGUAUUGUACACAAUAUUUGAUAAAUACAAGCAUCACUAAAUUGAACCUGAAAAUUUUUGGCCUAAAAUCCAGCAACAUUCAAUACUAAAUGAUCAAUUAUCUAAAGUCUAAUUUGGAUUCAAUUAAACUAACCUUUAUGAUUGCCAAUUAUUUUUCUUUGUCUUCUCCUUGGAUGAUUAACAAAACCAGCUUAAAGGUACACAUUUAAUUUAAACAUUUUAUUUACUGUAUUUUUGCCUGUCCACAAAUCUUACCGUCACUAUUGAUUAAGUUAUUGUUACUAAAUGGAAAGUACACCAUUAAUUGUUGAUGAAAUUAUUGUUAAUAUCAAUUAAUAUUAUUAAUAAUUAGUUUCUAUCUUAAAUAUGAGAACAA